GUUGUGUCAAACUGGCGUUUGACAGUACAGUACAAUUUGUUUAGAAGAAACACAAACAAGCUUCGGAGUGGUGUUUGUUUUUAUUUAAGAUUAUUUAUAUUAAGGAAACAAUGAAAAAAAAACAAGGUAGACCACGUUUAGAUUUAAGUGCAGAAGAAAAAAAGGAACGUCAUAAAUUACAGCAAAAAAUUUGGAGAGAAAACAAUAGAGCAAAAAUACGAAGUGAUAACAGAAGAAGAAAAAUUCAGAAAAUGUUAACGCGUGAAACAAAAAUCCGAAAAUAUGAAAGCUUAGUGCAAUUAAGAGAGACACACACGAGUACACCAGAUUUAAAAAAAAAUACCGUUACGAAUAGUGAGUUUGGCAGUUUUACAAGUAAUGAGAUAAAGUUACUUGCUGAUCAAAUGAGAUCGCGCAAAACAAUUUGGUUUGAUAUAAAAGAUGCUAAUAUAAGUGAGUUCAACAUAACCAUGGCGUGGCUGGAAGUUAGUGCUGCUUGUAGAAAAUCAGUUGAAGAGUGUAAACAUGUGUGGACUCGUUUAUGUGGAACCUAUUACCUACAAUCAAAAUUUUCUGCAACCGGUGAGAAUGAGGAAAAUGAUUUACUGGCAUGGGAAUUCGAUUCAUAUUUAAACUUUCUACCUAAUCCUGUAUACGAAGAAUCUUGUACAACAUUAAAUGACUCUCAGACGGGAAAAUAUUCUGUGGCCAAUAGUGAAGAAGAUACCUCAGAGUACGAUUUACCACAAAAUACUACCGACAAUGCAGGAUUAAAAUAUUAUGAUAUGUGGGCGAACUUCGAUCGAAUGCUACAUCAUUUACCUUGGCAUGAAGUAGAAAAAGUUAAUGAAGAAGUUAUGAGUUUAAUAUGUAAGAAAGUAAUGAAGUACAACGAAGACAUCAACAAAGAUUUUGUUAAGGAAGAAUAUAUUGAGGAUUGAUUUAUUAUUGUAAAAUUUAUUUA